CAAUUAUGCAAAAGCGAUUAAACAAUUCUUCAAAAAAGAAAAAAAGUGUAAUAUAAAUAAAGGUCUGGUUGCCAGGCUUAGGGUUUCUCGGCCGCCAUUGAAGAGAAGGGUUUGGGAAUCUUUUCGUCGGAGCGGCAACCAUGGUGGCAGCCAAGAAGACUAAGAAGACUCAUGAGAGCAUCAACAACCGGCUUGCCCUUGUUAUGAAGAGCGGGAAGUAUACCCUUGGAUAUAAGACCGUUCUCAAAUCUCUAAGAAGCUCCAAAGGGAAGCUAAUCAUCAUUGCGAACAACUGCCCUCCUCUCAGAAAAUCAGAGAUAGAGUAUUACGCUAUGUUGUCGAAAGUUGGAGUUCAUCACUUCAAUGGAAACAAUGUGGAUCUGGGUACUGCUUGUGGAAAAUACUUUCGGGUCUGCUGCCUCAGUAUUAUUGACCCAGGUGAUUCCGAUAUUAUCAAGAGCAUACCAGGUGACCAGUGAGAACAGGGGAAUAGUCUGUAACUCCUUUGUUAUGUUUAACAUAUUUGGUUUGUUUUAGUAUCAGGGUUUUUCUUUUUUCCCCUUCUGGUUUUGGGAAGUCAAAUUUUGAUGGGUCUAGCUAUUGCAAAGACUGUUUCAGAUAUAGAAAAUCAAGUUAAGACAUCCUCUUGAUUUUCUUUUCUUGUGCUAUUUUUAAUGCCUACUUAGAUUAAGCACUAAAAUUUGGGCCAUCUGAUAUUGGAAUGAGCCCUUCAAUUUAAUGAAGAGGAUUUUAAAA